AUGAAGUCCUCCACCCCCGGACGUUUCCGCCAUCCUUGGUUUGGGGGUGUGACAGUAGCCCAUUUCUCCUCCCUCUCCGAUCUUAAAACAAUCCAUCUGCCUCUCUCCGAUCUGCAACAAUGUCGCCGCCUCCACCAGCUGCGCCAUCCCGCCUCCACAAGCUACGCCGGUGAUGGUUGCAGCGACGUCACCUUCACCAAACCAGCGCCCCUCUUACUCUUCAGUCCGUGUGCGAGGUUCUUCCCUUCACCAGGUUCUCCGACGACGUCGCCUGCAACGACGCCGUCACACCCCAACGUCACCGCCGCCUCCUCGAACGAUGCUGCCGCCUCCGUCUCCGACGUUCCAGGUACAAUUCGUAAUCCGACAUUCAAAUUCGCUUCAAUUAAUUCUCCGUUUUCGAUCCAGCCAAGCAGAUUGGAAGGGGUAAUUCCGUAA